GGGUUCUCUUCUUUCUGCCAUUGACCCCUUCCAAGGUCCAUGAAUGACAAGAAGAUCCCCCUUUUGCAUUCAAUAACAGUAUCAUCAAUUUUCUCAAUUCUAUUUGUUUCUUAGGAUUCUAUGCAGAUUAUUGUUAUGUGUAUGAAGAAAUUAAAACUUUGUCAAAUUAUUUGAGCUGAAUCAUGGAAUUCGACAAGAAAUUGUGAAUAUGAAGGGGUCAUUGACGACUUAGCUUUAAUUCAUUCACAUGAUCAAAUAAAGAAAGUAUAUUCUAGCAUCAAGCUGCUUUAGAACAAGGCAGCAGAUAGAAACAACAAUAAUGCUUCAUCAUAGGAGCCUGCAAUAAGGUUAUAAUUUCUUAAUGGGCUCCUUUUACUCCAAGUUGCCAAGCUCCAAGUUCCCAAGCUUCAAGUUUGCUUGUCCAUCAUGUUUUCUGUGCUGUAAGGUAUCUGAAGGUGAUGGUGGUGAGAGCCAUUCUGGAGAGGUUUCCUCCAAAAACGUGCAUCACGUAACUUCCAUGCAAAUUUGGGAAACAAUGCUAGCUCAGGCCAGCACAGACGGCAAGAUUGUGGUUGCAAAUUUUGUUGCAUCUUGGUCUCUUCCUUGCAAAGAAAUAAUGCCAAGCUACUGUCAUCUUGCGGACACAUAUUCUUCUUCCCUUUUGUUUCUCACUGUGGAUGCUGAUCAGCUUGCUGAGUUAAGUACUUCAUGGAGUGUCAAUGCAACUCCAACAUUUUAUUUUCUGAAAGAAGGGAAUCAAGUAGAAAAACUAGUUGGUGCUGACAAGGUAGAGCUUAAGAAGAAGACAGCUUUUGCCGCUGAUUUAGUUACCAAAUCUCGCAAAUGACACGUUAUCAUAAACUAAUUUUGCAAACUCCAUUAAUACCUCUCUAAAACGAGAACUUGAGUAAAAUGAUAUAGCGAGGAAUUAAUCAUUCUUGGAUCAAUUCGCUAAGUACACUAACUUGCACCGGAAGUUAUUGUUCUAUUUAGUGGUUCAUUUUUUCACUUUGCUUUUUGUAAUGCAUUGGAUGUCUAAAGAGAGAGAAGACUUGAGUGGCCAAUCCUUCAAAUCCUCCAUAUAAAAUAUGUCACUAAUUAUUUUGUACAAGGGUGGAUGCACUAAAAAAAAUUGGAACGAGAUUUACAUGAUGCCUUUAUAAAUAGCGAGUAGUGAUUUAUGUUUUGUGACAAUUUCCAGAUAGCUAUUUUAUUUAAAGACACUA